UCCUGCAGACUUGAGAGACUGAAGAGACAUCACUAGUUUGUGUGUGUGGUGGUGUGUGUGUAUGUGUGUGUGUGAGUGUGUGUAUGGAGAGUAGUGGCUGUCAGGGCAUGUCACAGUUCACUCAGGGAGUCUGAUCAAACAGGUGGAUGUGCUCAACAAUAUGCCCAGGAUGAGGACCAUUUGUGGGAUUUUGUUUUUGUUGACGCUUUGUGUGGCCUUCUCUGAUGCCUGGUUAUGGCCUUGGACUCGGACCACUACUUUGGCUCCGUUAGUGGAUCAUGAAGGUUCUGGCAGUCCUGUUGGUAAUGGAGAAGUACCUACCGAGCAUACUGAAAAUGCUAGAGCACAGGUCUCGGAAGACAGACGGACAAACCAAAGCGUUACCCCGCCUUGGCAAGAGACUCAAACUCCUCAGCUGACUACCAUUACACCGACAGUGGAGAUUGAUCACGCAUCAGACAAGGGCACAACAACGAUUUUGCCAAGCACAAGUGAACCUGAAGACAGCAGUGUGUCCUUGCUGCAGCUGAUCGGGGACCCUCCUCCAAGCGAGAUCACCAGAGUUUACAAGCCUGACACCACUCCGGGCUAUGUGUUUGGCCCCGACGCCAACACGGGCCAGCUGGCACGCGCCCACCUGCCCAACCCCUUCUACCGCGACUUCUCCCUCCUCUUCAACUUGAAAACCACUUCCGACAGAGGCGGCGUGAUAUUCUCCAUCACGGACGCCACGCAGCAGAUCAUGUACGUGGGCGUGAAACUGUCCCCCGUGCUGGACGGCAAACAGGACGUCAUCCUGUACUACACGGAGCCCGACUCGGAGAGGUCGUACGAGGCGGCCAGGUUCUUAGUGCCCUCUUUGAGGGACAACUGGACCCGCUUUGCGAUCGCGGUGAAGGACGACAAGGCGAUGUUCUACCUGAACUGCGACAUAGAUCCUCGGGUGAUGCGCAUGGAAAGGUCCCCCGAUGAGAUGGAGCUGGAAGCUGGCGCUGGCAUUUUCGUUGGACAGGCUGGAGGAACCAAUCCAGACAAGUUCCUGGGUGUGAUCAGUGAGCUGAGGGUGGUGGGAGACCCCCGGGCUGCAGAGAGGCAUUGUGAAGAGGAUGAAGAUGACUCCGAUAUUGCCUCGGGAGAAGGAAGUGGCGAUGGAGCAAGCAGACCAUUGAAUCCAGUCAGAGAGAAGCACACAUGGACGCAAACAGCUCCUCCAUCGUCACGGCCUAUCCAGCAGCCCCCACUUGUAAAGGAAGAAGAGGGGUCCUUUGUAAGACACUCAGGACCAGCUGGGACUAAAGGAGACCGAGGGGACAGAGGCGAGAAAGGAGACCGAGGGUCCACAGGGACAAAAGGAGAUGCCGGUUCUAGCUCUGCAGUUGGCUCACAAGGCGGAGUCAGAGGCGAGAAGGGAGAACCAGGGGAAAGUGGAGCAAAGGGCAAUGCAGGUUUUGGACACCAAGGAAAGAAAGGUGAGCCCGGCCCUUCUGGCCCCCCUGGACCCCCUGGUCCCCCUGGCCUUCCAGGUCAGGCAUCCGGGGUCUCAAUGUGCAAAGAGGGCUCAGAGACUCCCUGUGUGCCUGGUCCUCGAGGACCACCUGGACCCCAAGGUGGACCUGGAGCCCAAGGACCACCUGGAGCUGAGGGAGAACCAGGUGAUCCUGGAGAGGACGGUAAAACGGGCCGUGAAGGACCCCGAGGCUUUCCAGGAACCCCGGGUGAUUCUGGACCAAAAGGAGAGAAGGGGGAUCGUGGAGAGGGUCAGCCUGGCCUUCGGGGACCCCCAGGACCUCCCGGGCCCCCAGCACCGGGAGUCCGACCUACUUUUGUGGACAUGGAGGGCUCAGGAUUCCCCGAUCUGGAGUCUUUGCGGGGACUACCAGGUCUACCAGGACCACCGGGCCCGCCUGGUCCACCUGGUGUUUUUGGCCCCUUUAAUCCAGGUACAGCAUCGGCUUCUGGAGUUGCUGGACCACCAGGAAAAGAUGGAGCAGCUGGUCAACCCGGCUUGUCUGGUUUACCAGGUGUUGAUGGCAGGCCAGGAAUUCCUGGUCCUAAGGGAGAAAAGGGGGAUUCUGGUUUGGUUGGUGUUUCUGGACCAAUUGGAGAGAAGGGAGCUCGAGGAGAAGGUGGCUUGCCUGGACGAAAUGGUGAGCCUGGAUUGGCCGGUUUACCCGGCCCAAUGGGACCACUUGGGCAGCCUGGGCCCCCCGGACCUCCUGGCCCAAGCUACCGUGUUGGAUUCGAUGACAUGGAGGGAUCUGGUGGAAUUUUCUCUAAUGGGCUUCCUGGCGUGAGAGGACCUGAAGGAAGACAGGGUCCACCUGGUCUACCUGGACUUUCUGGUAAACCGGGAUUGCCUGGCCUUCCAGGUCAGAAGGGCAGCGAAGGGCCUGAAGGAAGCGAUGGGCGACCGGGAUUGGAUGGCUUCCCUGGAGUUCAGGGAGCAAAGGGUGACAAAGGUGACACAGGAGAGAGGGGUGAAGCGGGCCGAGAUGGCUCUGGAUUCCCAGGACCUCCAGGUCCACCCGGACCACCUGGACAAAUCAUCUAUCAGCCAUCUGACAAUUUUGAUGGUGUUGUUGGCAGUGCCGGGCCUCAGGGAGGACCUGGUCUGCCUGGUCAAGCUGGAUUCCCUGGUCCAAUGGGACCAAAGGGCGACAGAGGAGACCCAGGUCCUUCCGGUUAUGGAAUCAAGGGUGAGAAAGGUGAAUCAGGUUUAGUAAUAGGUCCCGACGGGAGUCCACUCUUUUCGGACGGGCGAACGGGUUUGAAAGGAGACAGAGGCCUUCCUGGACCCGUCGGACCACCGGGACGAUAUGGACCUGCUGGAUCAAAGGGUGAAAUUGGAAUGCCAGGAAGACCUGGUCGCCCUGGUAUAAAUGGAUACAAGGGUGAAAAAGGAGAGCCGUCGGUUGGCUCUGGCUACCCGGGAGUUCCUGGCCCACCUGGACCACCUGGACCUCCGGGACCAGCCAGUCCUUUCGAUCGCUUCAAUCGCUACGAUGAAGGCUCCAGAAACUAUCCAGCAACUCAAGGAGAAAAGGGAGAACGUGGCGAUCGUGGACUUCCAGGCAUCCCCGGGACGUCCUCUAAUUUGGAUAUUUACGCAUUGAAGAAUGAACUGAAGGGAGAGCACGGAAACCCCGGAGUGAAAGGAGAAAAGGGUGAAUCUGGCGGAUAUUAUGACCCUCGUUUUGGAGGAGUUCAAGGCCCGCAAGGGCCUCCUGGCAAACCAGGUCUACCAGGUCCAAAAGGAAAUUCUGUUACAGGCCCCCCUGGGCCUCAGGGACCCCCCGGGCCAACAGGAAUCGGUUACGAUGGCCGUCAAGGUCCACCCGGUCCGCCUGGACCACCAGGACCAGCAACGUCUCCCUCUCUGUCCGGUGGCUUUUGGCCCAGUCACUCUGCCAAUGUACCCGGACCUCCUGGUCCUCCUGGCCCACCUGGAAAUCCUGGAUUCUCGUCUGCAGUUACAGUUCUGAGGUCCUACGACACAAUGAUUUCUACUGCCAGACGCCAAGCGGAAGGCAGCCUCAUCUACAUCAUCGACAAAGCCGACCUCUAUUUAAGAGUCCGUGACGGACUGCGACAAGUCUUGCUUGGAGACUAUAGACCCUUCUUCAGAGAUCUGGAAAACGAGGUGGCAGAGGUUAAGCCUCCACCUGUGAUCUUGUACCCCCAAUCUCACGACCAGUCCCAGAACAACGGAGCUGGCGAUUACUCUCAGGGUGUUUCUGCUGUCCGACCCAUUGAGCCACCAUCACACCCACGUGUCGAUUCACGAUUUUCAGACCAGAGGCACUCGGGUCAGACGGACGGCAGACUGGCUGCAGAACAAGGCCAGAGCAACUAUCCUGUCACUCCCCAGCGCAGACCCAGUAAUCCCGUAGUGCAACCUGCAGUGCAUGUGGACAAAUCAGGAUCAGGGCUCCAUCUUAUUGCCCUGAACGCCCCUCAAACUGGUAACAUGCGAGGAAUUCGUGGGGCGGACUUCCUGUGCUUCCAGCAGGCCCGCGCCGUGGGCCUAAAGGGGACUUUUAGAGCAUUCCUGUCCUCUAAGCUUCAAGACCUCUACACCAUCGUCCGCAAGUCGGACAGAGAGACCUUCCCCAUUGUCAACCUCAAGGAUCAAGUGUUGUUUGACAGCUGGGAAUCGAUCUUUGGUGACAACGGGAGCAAAAUGAGGGAGAACGUGCCACUUUACUCGUUUGACGGCAGAGAUAUUCUCAGGGACAGUGCAUGGCCAGACAAAAUGGUCUGGCACGGGUCGAGCAACAAAGGCCACAGGCAAACAGACCACUAUUGCGAAACAUGGCGGGCCGGCGACCACGCCGUCACGGGCCUGGCGUCGUCUCUCCACAGCGCCCGCCUCCUGCAGCAACACUCCAGCAGCUGCUCCGGCUCCCACAUCGUUCUGUGCAUCGAAAACGCCUUCACGUUACACUCCAAACAAUAAGGCUGCAAUCAUUUUUUCUAUGAUUUUUUUUUUUUUUUUUUUUUUUUGGCAGCGAAUUAGUUUUUUUUUUUUUAACAUACAAAAUAAAUGUCCGAUUCUCUGUGUCCAAUGAACUUGCCCAGUGGCUUUUUUGGCCUGGCAGGGGGGCUUUGCACCGCAUGCUUCUUCACGCCAAAGAGAUGUUGGACAGAGGGCUUCUUUUGUCUCCAGGGGGCUUUGGCACAUAUUUUCUUCUAAGGCUUGAACAAGCGCAACAAAUACAGUAAUUGUGUUCACAAAAUAUAUUAGUUUUUUGUUUUUUUUAUGUAUAUUACUUGGGUUUUUUUUGUCAUUUUUGUGUUGUUUUUUUAUGUGCUAUCCAUUUUUACCUUUUUAAAAUUGCUAUAUCCAUCC